AUGGCGCCCCCAAAAAUUGCCAUCAAGCCCGCCACACUCCUCUCUUCCACAACGCAUCAAGUGCCCGGGAAGCUCCUCGUUACAGAACUAUUCUUUUCUGUGCCGCUGGACCACGCGAAUCCAGAUACUUCCGAGACACUCCGGAUCUUCUGUCGCUGUACCGAGAAGUUCGAAAAUCCGGUCGGUGGCAGAUCUGCGAAGCCCAAGGAUGCUGAGCAGCAGUUGCCUUUUCUUGUGUAUAUCCAGGGUGGGCCUGGGUUCGGCAGUCCUCCACCGCAGGACUUUCCAGUGACGAAGGAGGUCUUGGAUCGGGGAUAUAAGUUCAUCAGUUUCGACCAUCGUGGCAUGGGUCUUUCCACCACGGCGACAGCAGCGACAGUUACAGCCAAGGGCUCUCCGCAAAAACAACUCGACUAUCUACAGUACUUCCGCGCGGACAGCGCAGUGCGUGACCUUGAAGCGAUCCGUCUAUGUCUGACCGCCGACUACCCGGAGGAUAAAAGAAAAUGGUCUAUCAUGGGUCAGUCUUACGGCGGCUACGCGAGUGUCACCUACCUGAGCCUCUACCCGGAAGGACUCAAGGAAUCAUUCAUAUUCGGCGGACUCCCCCCACUUAAGCAGAAAAUGCCCGAUGAUGCUAUCCGCAGCCUUUUCCGGAGAGUCGCUGGAAGAAAUGAAAAGUAUUAUGAGAAGUAUGCCGAGGACAAGCUCCGCGUGAGGAGGUUGGUUCAAUUCAUUGAGGAGAAGAAGCCAGUCCUACCGUCUGGUAUACCCCUGACUGUAAGCCGUUUCCUGCAGCUGGGUAUCAUGUUUGGCUUUCAUGGAGGAUUCGACACCGUUCAUAAUGCAGUACUGCGUGCGAACAAUGAUCUGGACAUGUUUGGAUUUCUGACACGGCCGACUUUGAGUGCACUGGAGGGAUUUCCGAAUUUCGACGACCAUGUACUGUAUGCCUUGGUGCAUGGUCCGUUGUAUGCUCAAGGGACAAAAUCAAACUGGGUUUUUGAUCGCGUCAUCAGUGAGCAUGAGUUCAGCAGCGAUUUUGCCCAUCGACUGGAGAAAUCUGAAGAUCGCGACGGAGCCAAGCAGUAUUUCACAGGAGAGAUGGUAUUCAAAUCUGUCUUUGAUGACCAUAUUGAGCUGCACAACCUCCGGGAUGCGGCUGAGUUACUCGAGCAGAAGACGGACUGGCCAUCCUUGUAUAACGUCGAUCAGUUGUCCAAGAACAAUGUGCCCGUCUAUGCUGCGGUCUUUGUUGAUGAUAUGUACGUUGAUUUCGGCUUCUCAUCUGACACAGCCAAAACCAUCCAGGGCUGCAAAACUUUCGUCACGAACGUCAUGUACCAUGAUGCUGUGAGGUCCAAGACUGCUGAGGUGCUCAAAGGCGUGUUUGAUUUAAGAGAUGACACGAUAGAUUGA